AUGCUAAGAUUAGUGUCUUCGCCAUCAUGCCGGUACACUUCUAGAAGACUGUUAAAAACCUCCAUCCUGAAAAAUGCAUCAACCGUGAGGACCGCUAGAAGAAGAUUGGCUACUACUGGUACAGAUAAUUUUCUAUCGACUUCAAAUGCGACUUAUAUCGAUGAAAUGUACCAAGCUUGGCAAAAGGACCCAUCUUCGGUCCAUGUCUCUUGGAACGCAUAUUUCAAGAACAUGUCAAAUCCGAAGAUACCAGCUGCAAGCGCUUUCCAGGCCCCUCCUAGUAUUACCAACUUUACUCAAGGUACUGAGGCCGCUCCUUUAGGGACCGCAAUGAGUGGUUCUCUGGAUGAAAACGUUUCGAUACAUUUAAAGGUGCAAUUGUUAUGUAGAGCUUAUCAAGUAAGAGGUCAUUUGAAAGCUCAUAUAGAUCCUCUAGGGAUCUCAUUCGGUAGUAAUAAAAGUAAUCCUGUUCCACCAGAGUUAACCCUAGACUACUACGGUUUCAGCAAACAAGAUCUCGAAAAAGAAAUUAAUUUGGGGCCUGGUAUCUUACCAAGAUUUGCCACCGGCGGGAGACCCAAAAUGACUUUGAAAGAAAUCGUUGAUCACUUGGAAAAGCUAUACUGCUCUUCUUAUGGUGUACAAUAUACCCACAUUCCAUCUAAACAAAAGUGUGAAUGGUUAAGAGAGAGAAUUGAAAUCCCUGACCCGUAUCAAUAUACUGUAGACCAAAAGAGACAAAUCUUGGACAGAUUAACUUGGUCCACUUCAUUUGAAUCAUUCUUAUCUACAAAAUUUCCAAAUGAUAAGAGAUUCGGUUUAGAAGGUCUAGAAAGUGUUGUUCCAGGUAUUAAAACUCUGAUUGAUCGUUCUGUUGAAUUAGGAGUGGAGGAUGUUGUUUUAGGUAUGGCUCACCGUGGUAGACUAAACGUCUUAUCCAACGUGGUACGUAAACCAAACGAAUCUAUAUUCUCUGAAUUCAAAGGUUCCAGCGCUCGUGAUGAUAUUGAAGGAUCAGGUGAUGUUAAGUACCACUUGGGUAUGAACUAUCAAAGACCCACCACCUCAGGUAAGUACGUUAACUUAUCCUUGGUGGCUAAUCCAUCCCAUUUAGAAUCUGAAGAUCCGGUUGUUCUUGGUAGAACAAGAGCUUUAUUACACGCAAAGAAUGAUUUGAAAGAAAAGACAAAGGCCCUAGGUGUUUUGCUACACGGUGAUGCUGCGUUUGCGGGUCAAGGUGUUGUUUAUGAAACUAUGGGAUUUUUGACUUUACCAGAAUACUCUACAGGUGGUACCAUUCAUAUUAUCACAAACAACCAAAUCGGGUUUACUACAGAUCCAAGAUUCGCAAGAUCUACUCCAUAUCCGUCAGAUUUAGCCAAGGCCAUAGAUGCUCCAAUUUUCCAUGUUAACGCCAAUGACGUGGAAGCCGUGACAUUUAUUUUCAAUUUAGCCGCAGAAUGGAGGCACAAAUUCCACACUGACGCCAUCAUCGAUAUUGUUGGCUGGAGGAAACAUGGUCACAACGAAACCGAUCAACCUUCAUUCACUCAACCAUUAAUGUAUCAAAAAAUUGCUAAGCAAAAAUCCGUCAUUGAUGUUUACACUGACAAACUAAUCAACGAAGGCUCGUUUUCCAGUAAAGAUAUUGACGAACAUAAGAAAUGGGUAUGGAAUCUUUUCGAAGACGCCUUCGAAAAGGCGAAGGACUACGUUCCAUCCCAAAGAGAAUGGUUAACUGCUGCUUGGGAAGGAUUUAAAUCACCAAAGGAAUUAGCCACUGAAAUAUUACCACAUGAACCAACCAAUAUUCCCGAAAAAACCUUGAAAGAAUUAGGUAAAGUUCUUUCCUCAUGGCCUGAAAACUUCGAAGUUCACAAAAAUUUGAAAAGAAUUUUGAAAAAUAGAGGCAAGUCUAUUGAAACUGGUGAGGGUAUUGAUUGGGCUACUGGUGAAGCUUUAGCAUUUGGAUCUUUGGUCUUGGAAGGCCAAAACGUCAGAGUAUCUGGUGAAGAUGUAGAAAGAGGUACAUUCUCACAACGUCAUGCUGUCUUACAUGACCAAAAGUCUGAAGCCGUCUACACGCCGUUAAGUACUUUGAGUAAUGAAAAGGCCGAUUUCACAAUUGCCAAUUCAUCGUUAUCUGAAUAUGGUGUCAUGGGGUUCGAGUAUGGGUACUCGUUAACUUCUCCAGAUUACCUGGUCAUGUGGGAAGCUCAAUUCGGUGAUUUUGCUAAUACUGCACAAGUCAUCAUCGAUCAAUUUAUUGCCGGUGGUGAACAAAAAUGGAAGCAACGUUCUGGGUUAGUCUUGUCAUUACCUCAUGGUUACGAUGGUCAAGGUCCCGAACAUUCAUCUGGUAGAUUAGAGAGAUUUUUGCAAUUAGCCAAUGAAGAUCCAAGAUAUUUCCCAUCGGAAGAAAAGUUACAAAGACAACAUCAAGACUGUAAUUUCCAAGUCGUGUAUCCAACUACGCCAGCCAACUUAUUUCAUAUUUUAAGAAGACAACAACAUCGUCAGUUCCGUAAGCCUUUGGCGCUAUUCUUCUCUAAGCAAUUGUUACGUCAUCCACUAGCCAGAUCCUCGCUAUCUGAGUUUUCUGAUGGUGGAUUCCAAUGGAUAAUUGAAGAUGUUGAACAUGGUAAGAGCAUUGGCACAAAAGAAGAAACCAAGAGAUUGGUUUUGUUGAGUGGACAAGUUUACACAGCAUUGCAUAAAAGGCGUGAAACUUUAGGCGAUAAAACCACUGCUUUCUUAAAGAUUGAAGAACUACAUCCUUUCCCAUUCGCUCAACUACGUGACUCUUUGAACUCUUAUCCAAACUUGGAAGAAAUCGUUUGGUGCCAGGAAGAGCCAUUGAACAUGGGUUCAUGGGCAUAUACAGAACCAAGGUUACAUACCACACUGAAGGAAACAGAUAACUAUAAAAGUUUCAAGGUUAGAUAUUGUGGUAGAAACCCAAGUGGUGCUGUUGCCGCAGGUAGCAAGGCAUUGCAUGUGGUCGAAGAGGAUAAUUUCUUGAAAGAUGUUUUCCAACAAAGCUGA